GCAUGACGGCGGCGGGGCUUCCGGGGAGAGCGGCUGCCCAUUACGUCAUCGGUGCAUAGGCAUUUUCUGGGUCCUAGUGCCCUACAGGUUAUAACUCCCAGUUACACUAAAAAAGCAGCAGCAUUGCAGGAGCUUCUAUGACGUCAUAUUUCCUCACAAGACCUGAAGUCACAUGCUGCAUGGGUCCUCACAAGUAGUCAAAUGAUGUCAUUUGACAUCAUAUGUAGCAGCUGAAAAACCCUGAUAGGUAACCACUUUUCUCCGCAGCAUUAUUGAGAUUGCUUCUCAAAAAAAAAAACCAAAGACCCAAGAACGCAAAAACCCAAGAUCGCAAAAACCCAAGACACAAAGAUGUCUGAUUAUCCCAGCAAGCUUUUCGUGGGAGGACUCAACGCUAUCACAGACGACGACGGGCUGCGCCAGCACUUCGAGCGCUUUGGCGAACUCAUAGACCAUGUCGUCAUCAAACACAAGGUCCAGAGGAGAUCUCGCUGCUUUGGCUUUGUGACCUACGCCAAACCAGAGCAGGCCGAUGCAGCCAUGGCUGCCUGCCCACACACAGUCGACGGGAUCGCUGUGGAACUCAAACGGGCUGUUGCAAAAAAAGAAAGUAACGAGCCCAAAAAAAUUGCCAAUGCCAUGGAGAAGAAAAUCUUUGUUGGUGGCUUGAAGGAGGACAUCUUCGAGUUCCAACUUACCCAGUACUUCUCUCAGUAUGGUCAAGUCGAGAAGUCUGAAAUUAUGAUAGACCUCGAGACCAGAAAGUAUCGAGGAUUUGGCUUUGUGCACUUCACAGAUCCCUCAGCAGCAGACAAAGCUGCGCUUGUGAAGUUCCACACAGUCAAUGGACACCAAGUUGAAGUGAAGAAAGCUUUGACUAAACAAGAGAUACGGGGAAACGAUGGAACAACUCCAAAAGUCACAGAGGGAAACCAAAAUGGCUACGUUGGCACAGAUUAUCCCGGAAACAACAAUAACGGGGGAAACGGCGGCUUACACGGAGCUGAGUUUUUCGACCAGGGAAACUCUUAUGCCGGAUACAAUGGAUUUGAAAAUGACACAGGAUUUAACUGUAACGGGGGAUAUGGUGCCUCAAACAUGGCCAUCGGGAACGCGGUGGAAAUCCAACAGGCCAUUGCAAAAACACAAUGUAACGAGCCCGAACCUCUUGCUAAUGGCAUGAGGAAGAAAAUCUUUGUUGGUGGCUUGAAGAACGACAUCUUCGAGUUCCACCUCACCCAAUACUUCUCUCAGUAUGGUCAAGUCGAGAAGUCUGAAAUCAUGAAAGACAUAGUGACCGGAAGGAACCGAGGAUUUGGCUUUGUGCACUUCACAGAUCCCUCAGCAGCAGACAAAGCUGCGCUUGUGAAGUUCCACACAGUCAAUGGACAUAAGGUUGAAGUGAAGAAAGCUUUGACUAAACAAGAAAUACAGGGAGAAGAUGGAACCACUCCAAGAGUCGUGGAGGGAAACCAAAAUGGCUACGCUGGCAGAGAUUAUCCCGGAAACAACAAUAACGGGGGAUACGGCGGUUUACACGGAGCAGGGUAUUCUGACCAGGGAAGCUAUUACAGCGGAUGCUAUAGCUAUGGAAAUGGCUCAGGGUUUAACGGUAAUGGAGGAUACAGCGGCACAUACACAUGCGGCCGUUGCGGCUAUGAAAAUUUUCUGGGAGGCACAGAUGUCUACAACGGCUAUGGACAGUUCUACUCUGGCUAUAGCCCAAACAAUAGUCCUUUUGGCUUCCAGAGAAAUGCUCCUUACACAAGAGACUACUAGGCCCUAGGGACCCUUCUUUUAUGAACCCACUCAAGGAGAGUGUGGUUGUUUUUUAGAGUUAGAAUGUUUAGUUUUUUCUUUGUUAGCUUAUUAGUAGGACUUGCAUUUAGUAGCUUAUUUGUAGGAUUUUUUUUUACAUCAAUUAGACUUUUAUACCUUACGU